AUGUAUGAGAUACUAGACAUAGUGAAUAUGACAGCAAGAGGUGAACUACAACCAGUGAUUACCAACAUCACUAAUCAUUCAAAUCAACUAUUCUUCACUAUUUUCAAGGUUACACAGGAUGAUGGACCAAGUCAUAAACUGCUAGGAAUAUUUUAUAAGGUGCUGGACUUGGCAGGUGCAGUAACACUAGAUAUAGUCAUAGAAGAUGAUAUACCAAGUUAUAAACUGCCAGCAAUUUUUUAUGAGAUACUGGAUAUGCUAGUCAGGGAUCAACUACAACCAGUGAUCACCAACAUCACCAAUCUUCCAAAUCAACUGCUUCCCAUCAUUCUGAAGGCUACAGGAGAUGAUUCACCAAGUUAUAAACUAUUAGGAAUGUCUUAUGAGAUACUAGACAUGAUGGAUAUCCUAGUAAGGGAUCAACUGCAACUUCCAAAUCAACUGCUUCCCAUCAUUUUCAAGGUCACAGAAGAUGGUGCACCAAGUUUUAAACUUCUAGGAAUUUUUUAUAAGACACUAGAUAUGAUGAAUAUGCUAGUGAGGAAGAUAUGCACCAAGUUUUACACUGCUAGUGAUUUUUAUGAGGUAUCAGACAUGGUGGAUAUGCUGGUGAAAGGUCUGCUACAACCAGUGAUCACCAAUAUCACCAAUCAUCUAAAUCAACUGCUUCCCACCAUUUUCAAGGUCACAAAAGAUGAUGCACUUAGUUACAAACUACUAGUAAUUUUUUAUGAGAUACUAGAUAUGAUAGAUAUGCUAGUAAGGGGUCAACCACAACCAGUGAUUAUCAUCACCAAUCUUUCAAAUCAACUGCUUUCCACUACUCUUGACCCUACAGAAGAUGAUUCACCAAGUUGUAAACUUCUAGGAAUUUUUUAUGAGGUACUAGAUAUGGUGAAUAGGCUAGUGAGGGGUCAACUGCAAAUAGUCACAGAAGAUAAUGCACCAAGUUAUGAACAGCCAGUAAUUUUUUAUGAGGUACUAGACAUGGUGGAUAUGCUAGUAAGGGGUCAACCAGAACCAGUGAUCACCAACAUCACCAAUCAUUUGAACAAAAUGCUUCCCACUAUUUUCAAGGUCACAGAAGAUGAUACACCAAGUUGUAAACUAAUAGAAAUUUCUUAUGAGGUAUCAGAUUUGGCAAGUAUAGUAGAUGACAGUUUUCUAUUUACCAUUGCUAUCUAA